AUGGGUUCCCGAAGGAGCGGUACUGGCUGGAGCCGUGUGAACGCAGGCGUUCUAAAGGAACGGGCCAACAUGUCGUUUAUGCUGGUGGUCAUGUUCUUCGCCGUGUUCGGCUUGAUCGUCCUUACGGAGAUAUUCCUGAUCGACGAGAGGCGUGGCGUGGGCAUAGGUGGUACCGGGGCCCUAGGAGGUCACAGGAGCGGACAUCGAUUGCCGGCUGCGCCCGAUCGUCCGGAUUACGGUGAAAUCGGAGCUGAAGAUUAUAUUGGAUUGAAGGGCAGCUUCGACGAUCAUAUCGGAUUAUUGAUGCGAGGGGAAGACGGAGGACAGAAGACCGCGAUACAACCGGACCCGAGAGGUUUACCGAGCUUACCACCCAAUCUGGAAGCUCGUCUACCACAACUCGAUCAGAGCUUGAGGAUCACGCACGCUGAAUGGUUGCCAGUCACGAAGACUAGAUUCAAAUUCUUUGUAUACUCAGCGUACUUCGAUGACAGGGUUGGUGGUGCGGGCACACCAACAGGUAAAAAUCAGGGCAUGGUACGCAUAAUAAGCGCAACAAAGACAAGAGGACCAGAGCGUGUUUGGUGUAGACUUUGGUAUCGACCAGAGAACGGAGGAAACGUUACCGCUUCCGUAACAGUAGCCGCUAAAGUGAAGGUAAUCAGAGAGAAUUGGAGCUUGAAGUACAGUGCCUGCUUUGUGAUUUGCCCGUUGCCGAAAGAGUCGCACACCGCUGACAGAGUGCCGGAAACUGUGAGCGUGGUGGCAAGGCUGAAAGCAGCCCCGACGAAUCGUAUCCUCGUGCAGAAUCGGCCGGAGAGUAGGACGAAGGACAAAGAGUUGUUGGCCGUUUGCGUGAAACCCCUGCAUUACGAUUAUAACAGAGUUCUACAGCUUGUAGAAUUUAUCGAGCUACACAGACUGCUCGGUGCUAGCCAUGUGACACUGUACAACGACACGGUUGGCUCGGAGGCGGGAUGCGCUCUGAAAUACUACGAGGCAAAAGGUCUCGUGACCGUGUUACCUUGGCAUCAUUUAGACAUGAUCUCGCAGCGAGAGAUUCGUACUGAGGGAUUAUUCGCUGCACUGAACGAUUGCCUUUAUCGAUCUAUGUACAAAUACGAGUACGUGGCGUUGGUCGACCUUGACGAGUUUAUUAUACCGAGGCACAACGACACGAUCGUUGAUCUCAUCAGGUGGAUGAGCAGUCGUAUAAAUACCAAAUCCACCGGAGCAUAUUCCUUUCAAAACGCUUUCUUUUAUCUACAAUGGGCGGAUGAUCCAUUCGUGGUGACCAGUCGAACGCCAAUCGAAGCUGGUCUGAUCACUCUACGGAAAACGACACGCAGAACAAAGCUACAUCCGCACAAACAGCGCUCGAAGUACGUUUGCAAGCCUCAGGACGUCGUCGAGGCUGGCAAUCAUUUCGUCUGGGAAUUUAUUCCUGGACACGGGACGUUAAACGUGCCCUCGGAUGCCGCGAUUCUCCACCAUUAUCGGGUCUGCGAGUUCGGCGGCGACGACUGUAUAAAGACUCAAUCGGUAGUCGAUAGAACGGCCUACAAAUACAAGGAUAGACUAGGCGAUAGUGUUGGCAGAACCUGGACGGACCUGAGCAGCGAAUGUUCGUUACCGAAGCUGGAACCGGUGCCGGCGGUGACACCACGGAUAAAAGUGAACACCGUGCUGAAAUCGGUCAGGUAGCGAAAGACCAUUGUCGACAUUCUUUGGGAUAUCAGUAAUUUCACUGGUACACCAAAGGUAGCGAGAACCUAUUUCUACAACUACGGUGGCCCGUAGUUUCUUCAAAACGGACUCUGGCUGUAUCCGCCUAGACGAAUUCCAGCGAAAUCUGGGAUUUAUGGGGUGAACCACAUAGACACACGCGAUUUUUUCUACCCUUUUGCGGUCCAUGCCUGACGAACCUCGCUUGAAGAACA